UAAAAAGCGAAAAUUCCAUGCAACCGAAUUACGGAAUAAUAGGAUUAGGAGGUAUAAAAACAAAGGGAUCAAAACCCUAAAAAGCCUCAUACAAGGAAGCUUCCUAGAAGGUACAAACUUCCAUUAAUGGUAUUUGCCUUCAUAAUCUCCAUCUUCCCUUCACUUUCCCUUCAUCUUCCUCAUUCAUAAUCAAUACUUUCUCUCAAUUUCUCUUUUUCGCUCUCCUUCCAAGAACAAUAAUCACCAUGAAACUUCUCAAAUCAAUCAACCCCAAAAAAAUCAUCUCCUUCAAAAAACCCAAAUCAUCACCCACCAUAACCAAAUCCGAACCGCCUUCAUUCAAAUCCUGCUGCUCCUCUUCUUCGUCUUCCUCCGAAUCAUCCACUCACAACAAAUCGGGUCCGGCCCUGACUCGAACCCGGUCUGAGGAGAUCUGCAUCAAUCUCAAAUCCGACCGGCCAUGGAUAGAAGAAACCUUCAAAAUGAUGGACCUAGACGGAGACGGUAAAAUCACACGAGUCGAACUUCACUCGAUUUUUAACCGCGUUAGAGUAAACGCGCCGUCAUUAACGGAAGAUGAAGUAGCGGAGAUGAUUAAAGAUAUCGAUAUCGACGGUGACGGUUGUAUUAGUUUUCAAGAACUAGAAGCCGUUGGAUCUGUUUUUGAUCCGACGUCUGCAAAUGAAGAAGAUCUUAAAGGUGCGUUUGAUUUCUUUGAUGGUGAUCACGAUGGAAAGAUUUCGGCAGAGGAGCUUUUUCAAGGGUUUAUGGCGUUGGGAGAUGAACGGUGCACGUUAGAAGAUUGUCGGCGUAUGAUAGAAGAUGUGGAUAAAAAUAAAGAUGGAUUUGUUUGUUUCGAGGAUUUUUGUCGUAUGAUGUGUUCAUCAUCUACUCAUAGGUGAUUUUUUAAUUGGGGCUGAAAAUUGAUUGGAUCAAUAUAAUUUUUGUAAGGUUACAAAUAUUAUCCUACGUAUCAGGAAUGAAAUGAAAUGAAGUUUUCAGCUUUUAAUCUUAUGUGUUUUGAUUCUGUUACGUGGAUUUACUAAUUUAAUUAAAAGCUUAUUUAUUAGCAAAAUUUAAUUUUUAAAAUUUCACUUUUGCUGGUAAAAAGUUGCUAUACUUUUAACACAUUAAUUAUUCCAAUUU